AUGUGGCACCGUUCGUUGUCACAUUUACAGACGCUUAAGCGCCAAGCGCCAGUCUCAUAUUCAAAGCGAUGGUUUGCAUCUAUUACGCUAACUCCUGAGGAAAAGGAGAUGCUUCACGAGCCGCGUGAGGCCAUGGAUUAUGAUGUGCUUCUGGUCGGUGCUGGCCCUGCAAGUCUUGCGGCUGCGAUUCGUAUGAAACAGCUCUCGGUCGAGAAGGGCACGGAGCUGUCUGUGUGCGUGAUUGAGAAGGGCGCCGAGGUGGGAUCACACGUGUUAUCAGGCAACGUGUUGGAGCCUCGUGCAUUAAAUGAGCUGCUACCGGACUGGAAAGAUUUGGGUGCGCCAUUAGAUACGCCUGUGACCAAAGAUCGGUUUCUAUUGCUUACGGAGAAGAAGUCGUUGGCUCUGCCACACUUUCUGUUGCCUCAGGAGGAGCACAACGAUGGCAAUUUCGUCAUUAGUCUUAGCAAGUUCGUCCGCUGGUUGGGUGAGCAAGCUGAGGCGGCUGGUGUCGAGAUUUACCCGGGGUUUUCAGCCUCUGAAGUGCUGUAUCGUAAGGACGGAUCUGUGGGUGGCAUUGCCACUCGCGAUGUGGGUAUCGGCAAGGAUAACAAGCCCAAGGGCACCUUUGCUCGCGGCAUGGAGCUCCGUGCGCGUGUGACACUUUUUGGUGAAGGCUGUCGGGGUUCAUGCAGCGAAGAGGUGAUGGAAAAGUACAACUUGCGCGAUGGUGUUCAGCCCCAAACGUAUGGAAUCGGUGUGAAAGAGGUGUGGCGUGUGCCCAAGGACAAGCACCAACCUGGACUUGUGCAGCAUACGUUGGGCUGGCCGCUGCAGCAAUCGCUGCUGGACAAGACUUUUGGCGGCUCAUUCAUGUACCACAUGGAAGACGAUUUGGUCCAGAUUGGUAUAGUUGUUGGUCUUGACUAUGAGAACCCUUAUAUUAACCCGUACGAAGAGUUUCAGCGGUUUAAAACACACCCAGCUAUUCGAAAGUAUCUGGAAGGCGGCGAGUGCGUGCAGUACGGUGCUCGUUGCUUGAACGAGGGUGGUUACCAUGCAAUUCCAAAACUAACAUUCCCCGGUGGUGGUUUGAUUGGUUGCUCUGCUGGUUUCCUCAAUGGCGUGAAAAUCAAGGGCACGCACACGGCGAUGAAGUCAGGUAUGUUAGCGGCGGAGGCAGCGUAUGAGGCUUUGACUGCUACUGGCGUGACACCUGUGGCCGAAACGGCGGAGAUCAACCCAGAAGAGCCUGCGAUUGACAUCGUUAGCUACGAGGAUGCCGUCGAGUCGUCGUGGAUCGCUGAGGAGCUGAAGGCGGUUCGCAACGUGCACGCUGGUUUCCACAAGGGUUUUCUUCCUGGCUUUUUACACGCUGGAGUGGCGACACACGUAUUCCGGGGAAAGGAACCAUGGACCAUUCCGAACACCGUUGCAGACUCGGCCAAGACGCGCCCGGCCAAGGAGUUCACACCCAUAGAGUAUCCGAAGCCGGAUGGUGAGCUGACAUUUGACUUGCUCUCGAAUCUGCAGCGCAGUGGUACCAACCACAAUCAUGAUCAACCAUCACACCUGCGCAUUAAGCCAGAGCAUGCGAAGGUGCCUUCGGAGGAGUCGUUUCCUGUGUACGCUGGUCCGGAGCAGCGUUUCUGUCCCGCCCGCGUCUACGAAUACACUGAUGGCAGCGAGGCGAACGGGAUCCCGCAGCUUGUGAUCAACGCUCAAAACUGUGUGCACUGCAAGUGCUGCUCUAUAAAAAUGCCGAAAGAGUAUAUCAAGUGGACUGUCCCUGAAGGUGGAGGUGGCCCUGCUUACGAGCUAAUGUAA